AAUUAUCAGUAUUAUAUAAUGAUGGGAGGUCCAGUGAAAAUAAAAAAAAACGUUAUUCCUCAUAAAUUCGAAUGUCAGCCUGACCGUAAACGUAGAACAUGCUCCACGUAUAGUAGCAGAAAAACGACGAAGACAAGCGGAAGUAAAGGACAUGUUUACAGAAGCAUUCGAGUCUUCUUCAACAAAUACUGCAGAUACAUCAAAGCAGAGUACAACUGCUGCUUUAAAUGAGCUUGCGAUAAAUGAACUCGUUCCCAAAUCUCGAGCUGAACAAAUGUUUACUGCAUGUGCGAUUACGGAUACAAGAGAUGUAGGAAGAGUUGGAUUCAUGGACGUCGGAAUACAAACUUCCGUGAUGCAGCAAAAUGUUGGCGUACAGGUUAAGAUCCGACCACAUUAUCGCAGUGUUCAUACAACAUGCAACAUUUCAGUAUCGACUGUCAAUAAAUGUUCUUCUCCAAUUAAAUUACCUAUCCAUGCAAAUAUUGCAAUUUCUCCGACAAAAAUUAUUAUUUCUAAGACGACCUGUACAAAUUACUCCAUAUUAACAAGUACUAUAAGUACAAUAGAUAUAGGUAGUUCUCAUGAUUAUUAUAUGCCUUCUGACCAAACGAGUCUCGACGAUCCUAGUAGCCCAAAUAAAAAAGAUCGAGACAUAUUAAACAUAACAAACUAUCUCAUUAGUACUAAUAUAAAAGCGUACCUAGGGAUUCCAAACGAAUGGAAUUGCGAGUUAAUAAAACCGCCAAGUGUAUCGUCCAUACAUAAACCUACGAAAUCUGAGGUUUUGGAAACUAAACGCAUUGCUAGCUUACGAAUUCACAUAGAACGUGUCAUUGGGAGAUUGCGUGAAUUUGAUUUUCUAAAGCCACAUGCUGUUAUAAGCCAUAGUAUGUUAUCUGACACUGAUGACAUUAUCGUGAUCGCUUCAGCAUUAAUAAAUUUGCAGUCACCAAUAAUAAAAAUAUAG